AUGGACAACAACCACAACGUUUACAACGGUUUCUUCCAACAUCUUCUCGACGCAAACCCUAAUAUUGGCCAGCAGAUAGGCCAAGUAUUACAGAACCUCGUUCGCGGCAUGGCGCAUCACCCUCCACCACCACCACCACCUGCUGCAGACCAGCACCCUCCAGAGGAUGACCCCGAACUCGCCGAUUUACCCCCUCUAGAGACCGUGUCCGAGGAGGAUCCGCAGGACUCUACAGAUAGUCCAAUGGACGCUACUGAGGAAGCUCUAGCGCAUCAUGAACAGUCACAGGCGAGCUUCUCGCCGACACCGCUACAUCAUACACAGCCGGCAGACUCUAUGCCGUCUCUAGCUUCCGUCUCGAGUCCCUCCAUCAGUGACGUCGAUAUGCAUGACGUGGAGAUGACUGUAGAUCCAAGCCAGCCUCUGGCUGCGGAGUCUUCUACUCCCGCUGAGCCUGGGCCUUCGACAAUCCGCGGCGCGCGUCGUGCAAGGGUCGACGAUGAAGAGGACGAGGAGAAUAUGCGGGAGACCAACCGCCAACGCAUGCAUUCUCCUGAGGUCCAUAAUCAGGAGCUUCCCGGUGCUGCACCGCAACCGGCACACCAGGCCCCCAAUCCUCACGCUCCCGGCAACGCUCCUAAUCCGCCGCCAUUGUUCAGUCGGAUUGUCUACUCGUUCGACAUUAUCCCUCCUCCACCACCUCCUACGGACGGUGCUCAACGUGCGGGUGCACAGACGGAUCCGCAUGCUCCCGCGCAGCUACCAGACCAUCUGCCUCCUCCCGCCAUUCCCAUGAUUAACUUAUCAUUCAACGUUCCUAUCACCCCGCCGGGCACUGGUGCGCCAGCAGGGGCUGCUGGGGAGCCUGCUCCCGACGGUGUACGUCCUAAUGCACCCCCACAUGAAGGGAUGGAUGCCAACUAUAUGCGGCAAUUCUUACAGCAAAUGCUGGGUGGGAACUUUCAAGUAGGUGACCCGACCCUCGUCUUCGGCGGUCCUGGGGACUUUGCUGCAUUUCCAUUCCCGUUCGGGAUGCAUCGCGAGGAGCCGGAUGAUCCUGACCGCGCGAAGAGGCUUGUUGCUGGAUUGGACGAAGUACCGCUUGGGCUUGUGCGGAGGAUGGAGCGUGUUGGUGGCUCGGGUACCUCGGAGGGAGACUCUCCACUAUGUGCCAUUUGUUGGGAGAGGUUGACGGACGUGGAUGCGGGUGGGUUCGAAUUGGAACCCGAGGUAACCGAAGGUUUCGACGCCGCAUCUGCUGGUGAGGGUGCCGGCACCGCCGGGUCAAAGGUAGUGGACGUCAAGAAGAUCGUUGUACUGCCGUGCUCCCACGUCUUCCACACUUCUUGCCUAUUUCCGUGGUUCUCCAAGCCGCAUCGUACGACAUGCCCCACAUGUCGUUUCGAUAUUGACCCGGAUUCGCUGACCUACUCGCCGAGGCGGAGACCUCAACGACCACAAACGCAGCCCCAAACUCCCCUUCCCACUGAUGCACAGCCUACUCCUACUGCAGUUGGCUCUGAAGGGCGGGUUCGCCCUCAGCCAGAGGCUCAGGCGGGCGCAGGUGUGCCACCGAUUCCUGGCGAUGGGCCGAAUGCAGCACCUAGACCAAACCAAGGGCGCCCUGCAGGCCAGAGGUUGCCACCAUUCAUCGCUCUCGACUUCAACGUCUUCGUCCCCGUAGUCACUAACGACGGUGUGCCAGCGCCAAUGCCAGUGCCUAUGCCUCCGGCUCCUGGUACUACCGCUGCGGGCCUCGGCGCAGGCACGCUUCCUGGCUUCACUCACUUGGAAGAAGAAGCAGCUCGUGGGCUGUUCGAACGUCUGUUCGGUGUUGGCCCUCAUCCAGCGGGCGCUGGCGCCCACGGCGGUCCACAGCCUCAACUACAUCAGCCCGUGGAUACUACUCCCGCUGGCGGUGCUCCUGCUGGUCAGGCCAACCUAGAUGGCGGUGCACCAGAUGUCCAAGGAGCAGGCCCAAAUGGUCCAUUCCCCACAUUCGAGUCAAUGUUCGUGGGCCCUACCCCACAUUUCUUCGAGGCGUUCCCUCCGGCGAUGAUGCAUCCGCCCGUGGAUGUGCCCGUCAAUAUAGGCGGUCGUUUCCAGCGAGGUCCACGUCCGCCGAAACCCCAAUGGACUUUGCCCGCUGCCCCUGGUCCUACUUUGCGGCAACGCAUUGAGCGCAAAGAGCACGAGAUGGGGCUACGAUGCUCGGACGUGAGCUGUGGGCUCGGCCCCUCCGACGAAGAACCCCUACCUACCGGAGAUGCCAAUGCUUUGCGCCAACUUUCUAUCCAUCCCUUCGGCAAAGGCAUGGACGAGAAGGUAUGUGAACACACGUUCCAUCCAUCCUGUCUUGUCAGUGCCGAGCGCGUUGCCGGAUGGGGCGGCGAGGACAAGAAAGAAGGAGAGGUUGAAGUAUCGUGUCCGACCUGCAGGGCCGUCGGCUACAUCUCGCGGGCGGACUGGGACGAGGGCGCGUGUGCGCUCGUGUAG